UAGCCAAUUGCUGGGUCUUUCGACAUAGCUAAAGCAAAAAUAGGCUUAAAUACAUUAUUCAUAUAAAUUGCAUCAGAUUGUUGGAAAGUUAGUUUGGGUUUAAGUGUGACUAAAGGGAAGAAAGUUUGAUGUGCCAGUCAGAAAUCUUAAAGUCUUGGUCACAUGUUGACUUCACUUUGAGUAUAUUUUUUGUCCUGGAGAAAUCCUCAGUCACUUUUUUUUUAUUUUAUUUUUGGUUGGACUUUUGGAAAACAUAGGCCUAUAUUUUGUUGUGUUUUGUAUCUUUUUGCUAAGUUCAGAGGAAAAAUAUUUCCAUAAAGGCUGUUUGCAGCUUUGGUUAGUAUUAAAAGAGAACAGAAAAUUGGGUCGGGUUUAAUUUACAAAAGGCUGCUGUUUACGUGGUAACCACUAGAUGGUAGUAUUGUAAACGCCACAAAACCAUCAAUUUAAAUCCCACUGGUGUCAACUUGUACUGUAUUUUCUUAGGGUCAUACACAGUUGGCAAAUGUACUGCAAUCAACACGAGGACGAUAGAUAUGUGUAUUGCUUAUUCUCUCUUUCUUAAAUUUGAAAUCAUGAACAUGAUACUGGUUGAACUAAAACACCAAAGUUUACGUUAACAAAAAAUUUAAUGAAGUGAAACAACAGUACCUGCUUUGUAUAUAUUAGUUAAUUGUUCACAAUACACAAGCAUUUUAAGCAGCCGUUUUUGUACUUUAGUGAAUCUUGUGGAAACUGUAAAGUAAUGUCUGGGUCAUAUUUCAACACACACACACAAUAUAUAUACACGGGCAGCCAAAAGUUUGGAAUAAUGUACAGAUUUUGCUGUUUUGGAAGGAUAUUAGUACUUUAAUUCACCAAAAUGGCAUUCAGCUGAUCACAAAGUAUAGUCAGGACAUUAUUGGUGUAAAAAACAGCACCAUCACGAUGAAAUCUAGACAGGCCCCAUUUCUAGCAGCCAUCACUCCAACACCUUAUCCUUGAGAAAUCAAGCUAAAUUGCAAAUUUGGUACUAGAAAAUCACUUGCCAUUAUAUCAAACACAGAUGAAAGCUAUUUGGUUUGUUAAAUGAAGCUUAACAUUGUCUUUGUUUUUGAGUUGUCACAGUAUGCAAUAGACUGAUAUGUCUUAAGGUCAAUAUUAGGUCAAAAAUGGCAAAAAAGAAACUGCUUUCUCUAGAAACUCGUCAGUCAAUCAUUGCUUUGAGGAAUGAAGGCUAUACAAUGCUUGAAACUGCCAAAAAAAAAAAAAAAAAAGAUUUCAUACAAAGUACAAGUGGCUCUAACAAGGACAGAAAAAAAUGUGGAAGGCCAGAUGUACAACUAAACAAGAGGAUAAGUAUAUCAGUCUAUAGUUUGAGAAAUAGAUGCCUCACAUGUCCUCAGCUGACAGCUUCAUUGAAUUCUACCCACUCAACACCAGUUUCAUGUACAACAGUAAAGAGAAGACUCAGGGGUGCAGGCCUUAUGGGAAGAAUUGCAAAGAAAAAGCCACUUUUGAAACAGAAAUACAAAAUGAAAAGGUUAGAGUGGGCAAAGAAACACAGACAUUGGAAAACAGGUAACUGGAAAAGAGUGUUAUGGAUCUUAACCCCAUUGAACUUUGUGGGAUCAGCUAGACUGUAAGGUGCGUGAGAAGUGCUCAAAAAGGCAGCCACAUCUAUGGCAAGUUCUGUUUUUUUUUUUUUUUUUUGUCUUUUUUUUUUUUUCAAAUUGUAAUAGUAAUGUUUCAUGUUAUUAAUGUCCUGACUUUAAAUUAAAUAAAAAAAUAAAUAAAAGAUAACAGAAAUAAUCAUAUAUGGUUUAAACAGUAAAAUAUUUCACUCAUUAUGUAAAAAGUGCGUGCGCACGCAUGUCCCCCGUCCGCUCGCGGGAGCGCGCGCUGUGACGUCAGUGCCUUGCCGCGCAGUGAUGAUGGCGGUGCGUGCACGCGCAGUUCAAGUAAUGGCUGCUCUGGAACGGCGGUUGCCUUGUCUCGAUGAUUUCGUGGGCCAGAGCUGGAGCGUCUGGGCGGAACGAGCUAACCUGACGGCAUCGGAUGGGUCUGAUGCCGAUGAACACGGCAAGAAUGGCAAAAAAGCGAUGGAAACCAUGACGCUGAGGAAAGAGGAUAUGUCCAUCUUUGGUCAUUAUCCUGGGCACGAUGACUUUUACCUGGUGGUGUGCGCCCACUGCAGUCAGGUGGUGAAGCCUCAGGCAUUUGAGAAGCAUUGCGAGAGGAGACACGGCCCUCUGGGUAAGCUCUAUGCACACCUCCGCUCCCCUCCACCGCAGCAGCAGCAGAGACCCCGCCAUGGACACACCCCGCCCUCCCAUGGAACCUCCUCUUGGAGUGGAAGGAAUCAGAAUGUUGGGCCACCGCGGGCGUCUCCGCAGUCUCCAUCCACGGCGCCGCAGUUCAGACACGCAAAGCCACUGAAAGAUGGUGUUUGGCACUCGGAAAAGACUACCAACUCGGGUCAUUCGGAAUCGUCUGUUUUUAAACAGCCUCCACCCAUCGAUCCCCCACGGAGCUCCCCUCCCCCCCCACACAGAGACCCCCCAUGGCCCCAUGGAGGCCCGUCACCCAGUCGACCUUCCUCUACUGAGAGGCCUCAGUCACAGAAAGGGGAGGCUGCCUCGGCCCCUGUCGCCUCCGGACACCUCCGUGGGCCAAGAACAUACAAGAUGGUCACAAAAAAAGAAUGUGACCUCGACAAGCACUGUGGUGUGAUGGACCCAGAGAGAAAGAAAGUCUGCACUCGACUUUUGACAUGCAAUAUCCAUUCCAUUCAUCAGAGGAGGAAGGUGCAAGGCAGGAGUAAAAACUUUGACCAGCUGGUGGCAGAGCUGAAGAUGAGUUCGAAGGCUCGUGAGCGGGUUUCUCAGGCACCAGAGAGUUCUGCUGCUCUGUCUGUAAGCCCAGAACCUCCCAGAGAUACACUUGCACCCCCUCUCUGCCGGAGACCUCUCACAAACAGCCCUGCGUUCAGAACACCAACAUUAUGUGAAAGUGUGGAGGAGAAACCCCAUCCUGAGGAAGGGAGCACAUGGCCACUCUCUCCUCUCACCCAGGGCCACAUCUCAGGUGAUGAGAGUGAAGGAGAUGCGAAUGAUGACCCGGCAGACUGGCACUCAACUCCAUGGCAUCCCAAACCAGCCGCGCUUUGUUCGUUUGGCAGUCGUGCUGUGGGCCACAGCGUCUUCACUUUCGAUCGGCGGUUGCACCAUUUACGGUCUGCCAUGAGUGCCAUGGUGGAGAACCACCUCAGCGCACAUCUGUGGAAAAAAAUACCUCAAGCAUCCGAUUCCCAAUCCCAGAGCCACCCAGUCAAGCCUGCAGCUGUUCCGGCCUCUCCUUCCUCCAUUUCCCAGCAUUCCAAACAGAAAACAGGAAGUCACAACUCGACCUCUCUCAAAACUUCCUUCUACUCUUCCCACGGAACGAGCAAGGAGCCAAACCCACAGAGUUCCUACACCAGCAAGGCUUACAUUCAAUCAGAGAACUCUGGGGGGUGCCAAUCCUCUGCCACCCCCCCUUCUAGUAAACUCGGUCGGUCCCCCUCUCAGUCAGGCCCCGGGCGGCCGAAAAACCCAGUCGGUCGCCCCAGCAAGCAGCAGCUGCGCCUCAGGGAAGCAGAGCGGACGGCCACCACGGACGCUGCUGCACUGCGCAAACGAAAAGCCUCAUUCGACGAGGCGGACACUGUCAGCCCGGACAAGAAUUGCGGGUCCCAGAACAAGGGGCGUCUCCUCAUCAGCAAAACACUACCGUCAGCCUCUCACGGACAAACGAACGGCUCGCUUUCGCCAGGAAGCAAGCCACGCCCCCCAUCAGACCCCCACGUGCCCUCCUCUUGGGCCUUUAAGAGGACUCACCCCCCGGCCCACCACUCGUCCCCCGAAUCUGGCCCGCACAGCCGAGGAGUGGACUCAGGACUGCACAGCAGGGUGGCCAGCUUUGAUCACAAGGGUUUGGGCAAAAAACGCAAGAGCAGCGGCUCGUCCCCCCCCUCCAAACCCCACCGGCUGCCCAACUCCCCUCAUUCCGGCUUCUAUCCCUGGAAAGAAAGCAAAGGGGCGGGGCUCUCUGUAGGGGGCGAAAAGAAACUCAGCACACAAAAGGUGGGUUUAGCCAAAAUUGCACCACUGAGAGUGCCAGCCUUACAAGCCACUAAGAGAGCGAGCCCUACGAACUCUACCAUAUAGAACUAUGGACGCAGGUCUCCGGAUGUUUGACUGACUUUUCAAGUUGUGUAUGUGUGUGAAUGCGUGCAUGUUUAGCUACUAUGGAUGUGUGUGUGUGUGUGUGUGUGUGUGUGUGUGUGUGUGUGUGUGUGCGCGUGCGCGUAUGUGGACGUGUAUGAAUUAAGAUGGGGGAGUGAAUUUCUCUGUGAAUUCAGAAAAUACCUCAGAAUCUACUGAAUAAUGCUGCUACGUAAAUGUUGUUUAUAAAAUGGAUUAAAAUAUUCUUUAUACUCAGAA